GAGGUGUGCUCCAGCGAGGUGUGGCCGCGGAGGAACGGCAGCGGCGACGCGGAUGUCCUGCCCCCAGAGGCCCCCCCGGGCGAGCCCCUAGCGGCCCCGGCCGCGGCCCUGGCCGCUGCCCCGCUGCCCGCCCUCGACGCGGGGAGCUCCGCGCCCGCGGGCAGGCACGCGGCUGCCUCCUGGCUGGACGCCGGCGGGCCGCCCCUUGGCGGAGGCUCCCCCGCCGCGGCCAGCGCGGCUGCCGCGGAGCCCCCGAGGCAGCCGCCCGAGCCGCGCGUGCCCGAGCCGAAGGCGCUCGUGGAGAGGCUCCUCGCGCAAGACCCCAGCGCGGGCACGGGCAACGCGCUCGAUGCGAGGAGGAUGGAGAUCCUGGACUUCAUAGAGGCUCACGACAUAAGCUUCAUCCAAGCCGCGACCGGCAUGGGCAAGAGCACCAGGAUCCCGCAGUUUGUCAUCGACAAGGAUCCCUCCUUCCAGGUCUGGCAGCUGCAGCCUCGGCGGCUGGCGGCGAAGAGGCUGGCGGAAUACCUCUCGAGAACGCGGGGUGAGGAGGUUGGAUACCGAGUGCGUGCAGACAACAGGGUCGGCCCGACGACGCGGCUCACCUACAUGACCACGGGCUACUUCCUGCAUUUUGUGCUGCACCAGCUGCCGAGGAUGACGUCCUCAUCGGUGUCCUCUGCGAAGUGGUGCACGCAUCUGUUCGUCGACGAGGUUCACGAGUCCAAUGAGGAGACCGAGCUGUGCCUCCUGUUUGUGAAGAUGCUGUCGAGAUUCGGCAAGCUGCCGUUUAAGGUGGUGGUCCUUUCCGCCACUCUGGACUUCCAGUUGUACCGCGACUACUUCGGACGCCCAGAGGUGUCCAGCGACGAGGAGGACGAGGCCGCGGCCCCCGAGCUGGCCGCGAGCUCGGGCGGCGACAGCGACGGCCCCGGGCUGCCCGAGGGCCAGGAGGCCGAGGACCUCGACGGCGCAGCGGCUGCGGCCGGCGCGGGCGCUGCGGCGGAGGCGGGCGGCGCCUGGCCCCCGCCGGCGGGCGAGGAGCCAGCGCCCAGCGCGCCCAGGCGAAAGAGGAGGCAGGUGCUCGUCCCGGAGGACGCGGGGCCGUCGCUCGGCUUGGUGUUCAAGUACGAGAGCGAGGAAGGCGGCAACAAGUGGACUAUUCGUGAGGUGCGGCCAUGGAGCGUCGCGUUCGGCUCUGUCCGCGUGGGCGACUUCUUGAGCGAGAUUGACGAUCGUUCGGUCGUGGACCUGCCGAAUCCCGAGAUCCAGGCGCUGCUGAAGGGCCGCCCUCUGAAGCUGCAUUUUGGGCGCCCGCCCCGCACCGAUCCGCCAAACGUGGCGGAGACCCUCCUGGAUUUGGCGAUCGAAACUCCUUUUCCAGUCGAGAUCAUUUACCUCGAUGAUGUGCACGAGCUUGGCAUUCCAGAGUUCGCGGCCCACAAGGGGCCCGUGCCCUUCAAUACGCAGAAGCACAGUGCAGGCCUCGGGCCGGAGCCGGCCAUGCUCGAGCUGUGUGCCAUCUUGCUUAUGCACGAGUGCUGCUCACCAGACCUCAAUGCGCUCGUCUUCUUGCCAGGGAUCUCCGAGAUCGAGCAUUUCGCCCGCGUAUUGGAGAAGAGGCUUCGAGAGUGUGGAGCCUCGAUAGAUAUAGUCAUUCUGCACUCCAUCACGCUUGCAGAGUCUAGCGAGGUGAGGACUCCGCUGAAUCCUACGGUUCCGACAGCGUACAUCGCCUCCGCGAUCGCCGAGACUUCUAUUACCUUGCCAGAGCUCUCUGUGGUCUUUGACUUUGGUUUAGCCCGCGGUUCAGUCUUCGACCAGGUACUGGAGAUGGAGCAGCUGACGACAAGGCUCGCUUCGAAGACUUCUGGCACACAACGCAAGGGACGCGUCGGCCGCACGAAGCCUGGCAAGGUCUACCGCUUGUAUCCGAAGAUUACGUGGGAUAACAUGCCUGCUGUCGACAACUGGGGCGCUCAGCAAAACCUGGACAGAACGAUAUUGCUGAUCACGAGGACGCUGGUGCGUUUCCUCGGCAUGGAGGUCCGCGAAUUACUACGGAUGCUGGUGCAGCGGCCCGGCGAGGAGCAGAUGGAUUUGGCCAUAGCCCGUCUCGAGGAUAUGGAUGCUUUGUGCAAGGGCAAGAACGACGCUUGGGCGCUGACCGCCUUCGGAGAGUUCGCAGUCUGUAUCGCCGUCCUUGGCCCCCGCCUGGCCCGCCUGGUCUACUGCGGUGCCAUCUUCAACUGCACCCGCAUGGCGAUCGCCCUGGCGGCCGUGCACACUGUGUGUGGCAAGGGCGAGAUCUUCCAGGUGCCGCACGACGUGAUGAAUCGAGGGGCCGCCAGAGAGGGCGAGCCGAUCGAUCUGGGGCGGCAGACGAAAGUCGAGUUCACCUUCGUCGAGCUGUCAGAUCCGGGAAUCACCAAGCUUGGCAUCGUUUUCUGCAAGUUUCACGAGCGCGAGCCAGGAAAGGGCUGGCAGGUCCGCCGGGUGAUCGAGGGAAGCUGGGCGGAGAGCAACGGAGUGUUGGUGGACGACUACCUCAACGAGAUCUACACCGAAGUCGGGGGCAGGGUGAGGAUAACAGCCCUGCAGGAGGUGCAAAUUAUCGAGCUGCUUCGCCACAGACCCGUCACCCUCUUCUUCGAGAGGUUGAUCAUGGUCGACCCAGAGGAGCAGAAGGCGGAGGACUCCCUGGUGUGGGACAGAAAGACGUUGGGCUUGCUCGUGAGAGUGGCCCGCCUUCUGAAGCAAAAUGACGACGGUUACCUGUGCGAGCCAGUGGUGGGCCUCAGGCUGUUCUCGCAGUACUUGAAGCGCAAGCUGCCUCAGGAGGAUGCGGCGGUCAUCUCGAUGCACAAACUGCGGCAGAUCGACGGGGCCUGCAGGGAGGUGUGCUCGAAGCUCCGCUCGCUCUGCAAGGACCGGACGCCCGCGUCGGCCAGGAGCGGCGCGGCAAGGGGGCCGGCAAGGGCAGGCCGCGGCAGCGGGUCCUCGCCAGGCUGCGCGAGGACGCGGCGUUCUGGGGCUGCAACUACGACGAGUCGCUCGCCAACCGGGGCCCCGGUGCCCUUCUCGGCGUCGGGAUCCGAGCCCUGCCCUCACCGAUCCUCGGAGACGAGAAGCCGCCACAG